AUGAAUGAGAAGAAUAAAAACACAGGAGUAAUAAAUAAGACUUCAGAUUCAACUUUAUAUGAGAAAAGAUUGGGAUUAUACAUAUUAAUGGGGUCAGUACUAUAUAUUUUAGCAAUAAAGAAUAAACAUGAGAAAGGCUGGUUGGAUACUCCAUAUUCAUGGAUGCUAAUACUAUUCAGAGCAGGACCAUUGGGAGGAAUGAUUUUAAUGAUACCUUAUAUGAUUUCAAAUUUAAAAAUUCAAAUAGAAAAUAUGUGUGAAACUUUGAAACUUUUUCAUGUUAGAUAUCAAAAAAAAGAACCUCUUACAAUAGCUUUAGAACUUUUUCCUGAUUUAGAUAAGCAGUUUAAUAUGAUACAAAGUAUGAGAAGGCAUAUAGUUCAUGGGCUCUUUUACUAUUGUAUAGGAGAAAGUUUAAGUGAAAUUUCGAUUCAAUAUUCUAAGAAUUCGAAUAUUUUUUUUCAAGUUAUUCCAAUUUCUGCCUCUUUGUCACGCUCCAUGGGGACUUAUUCUUUUUGUAAGUCAAUUUUAUGUGAUUCAAAAAAUACACGUAAUUUUGUGCAUGUUUUUGGCGCCUUAUGUGCAUGUACUUUGACAUUUUCAAUUUAUGUGUUAGGAAUAUAUACAAUGAAUAGUGGAUCAUAUUCAGAUGGAAUAAAGUUUACAUUAAGUCAAAGUAUUAUUUGUGGAGAAGUAGAAAAGGAUCUUUUGAAAGUAUGUAUUCACUUUGAGUUAUUGCUUCAGACUGUUUUAUUUUCUGAAUGUGUGAUACGUAGGGGAAAAAGUAUGUAUGGUUCAAUUGCUUCAAGAAUAACUCCGAUUGUGGGGUCUUUGUUAAUGAUGAUUUCCUUAGUACUAAGAUGUUUACAUUUGGAAAGUAGAAUGGUUCCUUAUUAUAUUCCAUACUUGGAGAUAGGCCCAUAUGUUUGGGGUUUGUUUGUAUUUAUUCAUUGCAUAGCUUUUUAUAUAAGAUAUGAUGAAGGGAAUAGUAAAUUUGGAAAUAAUGUUGAAGAUAGUUAUUGUGAUGGUGUUGUAAAGGUAAACUCUCAGGAGAAUUAUAAAAAAGGUAAUAAUCUUGGAUCUAUAACUUUAGAAAAAAAGAAACAAUAA